AUGGGUUCCGGUUCACCUCCGAGCUCUAAGCCCUCAGCUAUUCCGUCCCACAUGCUGAACGGUAGCUCCCCGCUUCAGCGUACAACAGGCACCCGUGAUGCUCGUGAGCGCGAGAGUCUGAACUCGUCCAUUCGUUCUUCAUUUGAACCUCGAAUUCCUCUUCAAUUCGAAGCUCUCGAGACCAACACGGCAACUGGGGGCGUAACCGAGGUCGGAGCCACCGCUCAGUCCACUUCCAGCGCUUCCGUGCCCAUUCGCAAUGUGGUGCCGGUGCGCCCUACUUUGAAUGAUCCUCCCCGCGAUCCGCGGGAUGAGGGCGGCCCAUUGACCCCUCCGGCCACCGUCAGCCGUCCGGCUAGUCCCUACACAUUGAACCCACCGAUCGAUUUCGACGGUCUCAGCUGGCCUUGCCCCGGAACCAGAGAGCGGAAGGAGGCGACACCGGAGGAGACCGAACAACGACUUGAGAAGCUGUCCGGAGCUAUCCGCACAAUUCUCGAAUGCAUCGGUGAGGAUCCCGAGAGGGAAGGGCUUCGUGAAACACCCGAGCGAUAUGCCAAGGCCAUGCUUUACUUCACUAAGGGUUACGAGGAGAACGUUCGGGACUUGGUCAACGGCGCUGUCUUCCACGAGGAUCAUGAUGAGUUGGUCAUCGUCAAGGACAUUGACGUCUUUUCACUUUGCGAACACCACAUGGUACCAUUCACUGGAAAGAUGCACAUCGGAUAUAUCCCUGACCGUCGUGUUCUCGGCCUGUCAAAAUUGGCUCGCCUCGCAGAGAUGUUCUCCCGCAGACUCCAGGUCCAGGAGCGUUUAACCAAGCAAGUUGCGCUAGCGAUUUCCGAGGUUCUCAAGCCUCGCGGCGUCGCUGUCGUCAUGGAAUCUUCCCACCUCUGCAUGGUCAUGCGCGGUGUGCAAAAGGUUAACAGCACGACGACCACCAGUUGUAUGCUGGGAUGCAUGCGGUCCAGUGCCAAGACUCGUGAAGAGUUCUUGACUCUGUUGAACCGGCGAUAG